AUGACAUCAGACCGCGCCACUCUCCACCAGUUCCAGGAGCUGACACUGAGCACUGUGACCCUCAGCAACAACUCCACCAUCCAAGUGACUGGACAGGGCGACAUACACAGCCACAUUGUCAUCAACCAGUGCUGUGUCACCAUCACACUCACCAAUGUCCUCUACAUCCCACAACUGUGCAAGAGCCUCAUCUUGCCAAACCGCAUCACCAAGAUGGGCUAUGUUGUGCUACAGGAUUGA